AGAGAAAAUAUCGAUAAAAAUGAAUCCUUAUUGUAUAUAAACGCUGAAUCAGAUAAUCAAUCUUCCAAUUCAAGCAAAAGCUUGUUAGAGGAAUCCGUAAGAGAGAAACUAAUAAAAGCACAAGAGAUUUUAGGCGAGACGGUUGUUGAGCCUAUUAGAAAAGCCUUUGAAAAUUUACAUGAAACACCAAAGACCUUUGAAGGUUACCGGAAACUUGUUAAUUGUGAGAAUUCUUUGCUCGAGUCAUUAGAUGUUCUAAUUGAUGAAGAAUUAGUUAUUUUGGAUCAACUUAAUAAUGAAGAUAAUGGUCAGUCAAAUCAAUCAGAGAUUAAGCAAAAGAUGGAGAAAGUGCAUGAUCGUUUAAUAGUUUUAAAAGAUUUAAGAGAAUUUGCAAAUCAUCUCACUAGCCAAAUAGUUUAUUCAAAAAGAUUAAAUUUUAUAUACAAUACCUUAAAUUCACCUGAUAAGAAAGCCAUACUAUUCAACAAUAUCUUGUUUACAGAAGGGGGAAUCAACAAACGCUAUAGAGAACUUGCAUCUUUUUUCCAUCCUGAUAGAACGAAAUAUAUCAAUGCUCCAAAUGGACUUCAUGGCAACGAUCAAUAUCUCGGUGCAGAGCUCUUUAGAAUUAUUCUAGAAAUUAAAGAAGGCUUAUUGAACGAUUUGAAAAAAGCUUCAGAAAGCAAAGGUGUGCUUAAUUUCCAUGAAACGAAUGCAAAUGAGAAUUUUACUAUUGCGAAUGAUUAUCGUAACGCCUAUAGAAAUAAUGGAAAUAAAUUAAAGAUUUUAAAUAGAGAAGAUAUUAAUGAAAUUCCUAAUACAGAACUAAGACAUAUAAGCGUAUCAUAUGGAUUAUUAGCUUAUGGGGAAUAUCGAGCUGCUUGUAAAGUUGCAGAUACAACCGGUGAAUUAAAAAAGCAAAUAAAUUUACGAAAAAGUAUGGCAUUAUGUUUAUACAUUUCCGACCGUUUAUUAGAAGCGCAAUUAUACGCUUUAUCAGCGAUUAGGUUAAUUUAUCAACAUUCUCAGCAUGUCUCUCAGAAGGAAUUGGUCGAUGCCAAAAAAGUAUACGAUAAAGUUAGAGGGGAAACAUCUCAAUUAAAUACGGACAUUAAGUUGAAGGACGAUUUAAGUAAUUCACAGGCUUUGGUUAAAGUGGUGAAUGAAGGUAUGUCCUUUUUAGAGAAAUACGAUAUUCUAAAUUCAGUUGACAACGAUUUAAGAAAGAUAUCAGCCGAAUUAAUGUUCAAGCCAGAUCGUCGAAUUGUUAGUUAUCAAGCCUCUCAAGAAAAUAUUUUGCACUCCAAAAAACAAUCUGCCAAGUAUAAAAUAGCUGGUGCUGUAUCAUUAAUGGUGGCAGUGACGACAACUACAGCGUUAGUAGUUGCCGGAGUUGCAUCUUCUAUAUAUGCACCCAUAAUAAGCUUUUUAUGGCUAGCACCUCUAGUAUCGUUAUGGUACAGUUUAAGCCCGUGGAAACAAGGUACAAUGCUUUUAGAUGAACCAAAAAUCCGUGAAAAGCUCAAUGAAAUUAUAAAAAGUGCAUUAGAUGCUUAUGAUGAAGGAAAUUAUCAGCGAUUUUUCGACACGCUUUGUAAGGAAUACAAAAAAGGCACCAGUCUCAUAAAAAAAAAAUCAAAAGAAUCUAGGAUAAUUAUUCCUGAAGACAUGGUAGAUUCCCUCUUGGGCCAUGGUUUUAGAUCAGAUGGAAUCGCUUAUUUGUUAAAUCUGAUAGGUGAGGUGCUAAGCAGCAACAAAAUAAAAACCAUAGAUAACGGUAUAACAUCAGAUGAAUUAAGAGUUACGGGAAUAGAUGCUUUUAGGAGGGUAUUAAACAACGAAAAGCUUGUGGAAGAAGCUAAAGCAUUGGAUGGCCGUAUUUAUGCAUUAAUAGAAGAUAAUUUGAAAAGCAUGGCUAAGAGUAUCUUUUAUAAUAUCAUAGAUUUUUUGCGUCUUAAACCAUAUAGUGAAUUAGCAAAAGAAUAUAAAGACGAUGCUCGAAAAAUGUCUUUUCGGUCAAGAUUGGAGGAAAUGCGUAAUAUCGCGAGACUUAACCUCAUAAUUUUUGAUAUAAUCAGUAAUGACAAGGAAGCAGCUAUGAGAAUUAGCAAUACAAUUAAGGAAAUUAGAAAAUCAAUAAGCGAUAAUUAUCAAUUCUCUAGUACAACCGAAUCACGCCUCGAAGCCUUGGAAGAUUUUUUGUGGGUGUUGAGGGGUGAUGUGCCUAAAUCUUCCUUAAUUUACUCUAUAGAACCAGCUAAAAAACAAUCCAAUGAAGAAUAUGACGGGAAAUAUGAUAAAAAAUAUAUGGAAUAUCUGAAAGACAAACUACAAAGGGUAUCAGACAAUAAUGAAAGAGUAUUCCUUCAUAAUAAACUAGCUGAUCACUUUGUGAAGUUGAUUGAAGAAGACAAAGUCAACUUAUUAAGCAGUUUACGUUAUUGGCAUAAUGCUAAAGAACACUAUGGGAAAGUACUUGAAAUGAACCCCAGUAACCUAUCUGUGACUCUUAAUUUUGCAAAAUGCUUACUAAAUUUAUCACAGUAUAAUCGUCUUAUAAAGCUUCUUGAUACAAAUCCAAAUUUAACAUCAUCUGCUGAAUAUUGGAGACUAUGCAGUAUCGCUUCUUAUAAAGAAACAAAUUACGACGAGGCUAUGGAAUUUAUUAUUGAGGCAUUGAAAUUAGAUCCUCAAAACAUCGCCGUUAUGAAACAGAAGAGGCUCCUUGAUAGAAUAAAGGAGUAUACUGUUGAAAAUCGUGUUAAUCGUCACAAUAAAAAAAUAUAUGAUGUAGAUGAUUCACUUAAGAUUUUACAUAGAUAUAAUGAAGAUAAUUCUGUUUAUAGAAUUCUCUCGAUUGAUGGAGGAGGUGUGCGUAGUAUAUUACCUGCUUUAUGGCUCAGUGAACUAGAAUAUCGUACCCAUAAACCCAUUUCUCAACUAUUUAAUAUGGUAGCUGGAACUUCUACAGGUGGAUUUAUUGGUGCUGGGCUUUCAAUGCCGUGUAGGGAGUUAUCAAGUUUAAAGCCACUUUUUUCAGCUACUGAUCUGUUGGAGUUUUAUCAGAACCAAGCGAAAUCUAUAUUCACCACCAGUUCUUCGUGGAAUUUCUUUACAGCAACGAAAUAUACAGAUGAGGGACGUUCUUCUAUAUUUGGCAAAUAUUUUGAAAAAAUCCAGCUUAAUCAAGCGCUCACCAAUUUGGUUAUUCCUGCAGUAAAAGUAAACAAAGAUAACAUGCAGUCGCAUUUGUUCACAUGUAAUAGCUCAGAUGAUACACUUUAUGAUAUUUUAAUGGCCACAACUGCUGCACCUACUUUCUUUCCAUCCUACGAAAUAAAAAAUAGGGGCAUUUUUGUAGAUGGAGGUGUAAAAUUUAACAAUCCCGCAUUGAAAGCAUAUAAUGAAGUUUUUGAAAAUGGCGAUACUAGAAAAAUUACAGUGCUUUCUUUGGGUACUGGUAGUUAUAUACCAGAUCCUUUGCGUCCAGAUUUUUAUCGUAGCCAACUUUUUUGGAAAAAAGAUUUAUAUUACGAUGAAUGCUACGUUGAUAAUUUAAUGUACUCUAUGUUAGGAAAUUGUUAUCAACGAUGGCAGGUUUUGUUAGGCAAACCAGUAGCAUUAGAUGAUUUCAAUAGUAUUUCUUAUCUUUUAGAACUAGGGCAUCAAUACAUAGAAGAACUCGAUUCGUCAGAUGAAAAUUCUUUAAACGUAUUAGUAGAGUCUUUUGAAAGUGGCUAA